AUGGCCGCCGCCGACGACCUAAUCGACUUCGACAUCAUCGAGGCUCAGAAGGAAAACGUCCAAUCUCUGCCCGGUGGUCGAUCAGCCCGACAGCUUGCCCAAAUAUUUUCUGCGGGCAGCAACAGUGACAAACUCCCAGCACCGUCACCAAACGAUACAAGGACAAUCAAUGGCGCAAUUCGUCAAGAAUACGAGACAGAACUUGAGGUUAUUGGAGAAUCAGACGAUCCCCUCGAUGUUUACGACCGCUAUGUGAAAUGGACCCUCAAUGCCUACCCCUCGGCCCAAGCCACCCCCGAGUCUGGCCUCCUGCCAUUACUUGAACGAGCCACAAAGUCAUUCCUCUCAUCCUCCCACUACAAGAACGACCCCCGAUAUCUUCGACUGUGGCUACACUACAUCCGAUUGUUCUCCGAUGCCCCGCGCGAAACAUUUGCCUUCCUAGCGCGGCAUCACAUUGGUGAGGGUCUGGCUCUGUUCUACGAGGAGUUUGCUGCAUGGCUCGAGGGCGCUGGACGCUGGAAUCAGGCGGAUGAAGUUUAUAGACUCGGUAUGGACCGCGAAGCCCGACCCGCCGAACGGUUACUCCGCAAAUACAGCGAAUUUCAACAACGAUACGAAGCUCGCCCACAAGACGCCGGUCCUUCCUCCCCCGCUCUUCCAGCUGUUCGUCCAGCUCUGGCUGCUAAAACGGACCCAUUUGCUCUCUCGGAUGCCUCUGCUGAUCCGCAAGCUUCACGACCAUCACCCACAGCUGCCGCCCCGAAGACGAAAUCCGGGAAGGCCAAAAUGGCCAUUUUCUCGGAUGCCGACGUUGGGGAAUCUAGCCAACCUGCCACCAGUGGUGGGCCAACGAAGGGGUGGGAUAGUAUUGGAUCAAUUCGAGAACGCAAGAAGGAAAACGAGGUGGAGGCAAAGCCGUGGGUUGGAGAAACAUUGAAGGCUGGAGGAAAGAAAUCAGGGCCAAGUCAGAAAAUGGCCAUUUUCAGAGACGAGUCCAAUCCAAUUUCACCUCCUAAAGAUGAGAAAGCUCCCAAACAAAUUCCGGAACAUCAUGUAAGGGAAGCGGUAAACCCACGAACCGGUCGGCGCGAGCGUGUCUUUGUCGACCUGGAAGCAGUAUAUCCCGAUUAUCGGAACCCGGCGCAUGAGAUGAGCUUUGAAGAACUUAGGGCGAUGAAGCGCGGUUGGAUGGGUAUGGAUUGGCGACGCCAAAAGGAGCCCCUGCAGCAAAUCUCGGGCAACUCUGUAGGAGCUGAAUCCCAACCAAUUAACUUCAAAGAUGCAAGGCCCGAGGACGAUUUACCAGAACAACCAGACGAAAAAUUAACAAUUUAUGGGCAGCAAUCCCACUCUGGAGAACGAGAGGGGCACGCUGAACACAAAUCUGGGAAACCCAAAAAGUUCAAAGAGCAGGGGAAUACUCAGACCGUCAAAAUGAAAUUUGACUCGCCCUCAAAUUCCAAGGUCCGACGGAAGAGUACUCGGGAGCCCACAAUGACCAUGCAUACUCGUGCUGCGACCGAUGAGAUCUACGACAUGUUCAGUCAACCCUUGAAGGCGGAAGAGGAAGAUGCGGCAGAUAGCUUGUACGGUAGUGACUAUGACGACGAUGACUGUGAUAGCACUGGUACUGGUCGCAUCUCAGCAGCCUCGAGUGACUUUGGAGACGAAGAAACACAAACCUUCCACAGGUCGCUUGAUGAUACUGGAUACGCUGACACUACACGGGCUGAGAGUGUUGUAGGCUAUGAUUGGACCGAGUUCACGGCUAGGGAUGUCCCUGGUGUUGAGGGGGCUGAUGUUACCUCCCACUCCGUUGUCAGCGAGGAAGAUGUGUAUGGAUCACAGCAUGGCACUCCAGAAAAGGAACGAUUUGUACCACGAAUGCCCGCUGAUUACAACGCACCGUGCGGGACAUAUCGAGAUCCUGCCAUCAUGGCCCAGAACCGACUGCCAUUCAUGACUCCGAUUGUUGAGCGUACAGAAAGCUCUAUUUCUAUGACGGCUGCUCGGAACACUAUAUAUAAUGCAAAGACCCCCUCGAAGGCACGGACACCAUCUGGAGUUCCUCAGAUGGGUGAUCUAUUGCUCUCCAGCCCCGUCGGAGCUCCGACGCCAUACCAUGGUGAUAACACUGUUACCUCCGUGGCCGAUGCACCUUUUAGUCCCACUGCUUUCAAGGCACUGGCUCCCAGGUCACGUCGAAGGGAAGCAAUCAUCCGCGACGUGCAAUGCAAUCCAACCGACAAAGGAAUUCGCAACACCAUUUUGAAUGCCCUGGAACCCCAACUUGCAACAUACGCUGGUUACCAUGGACAUACGAAAGACAGUAACUAUGCGUCCAUGAUUCAGAAAUUCCUCAGGGCUCAUAGCCGGAAAUCAAGAGCUGCCGAUGAUGAUGGCCUUGAUACGCCGGUUCUGGAAUUUCCAGGUGCGGAGCGAAGCUACCUCAUCCGCCGAGAGCUGGGGGCGGGCGCUUAUGCGCCAGUUUACUUGGCGGAGAGCAUCGAGAGUGAAGAGCCAUACAACUCGGAUGAAGAAGACACAAACCCGAGCAGCUUAGCGAGCAAGGUGAGCCCAUAUGAUAAACCACGACACCCAUUCGAAGCCGUCAAGGUCGAAAAUGGACCCUCAAGCGCUUGGGAAUUUUAUAUGAUUCGCGCCGCAUACGAACGCCUACAUCAAUCACCGGGUCACGUCCGUGCAACGGAUAGCGUUGUCCGCGCUCACGAACUUCACGUCCACCAACGCGAAAGUUUCCUAGUCGAAGACUACCGGGGUCAAGGCACAAUUCUUGACCUAGUCAACAUAGUCCGCAACGAGCACAGCUCUGACGGUGGUCUCGAAGAAUCACUCGCAAUGUUCUUCUCCAUUGAACUAUUUCGCACUAUUGAAGGCCUCCACGCGAACGGGAUUUUACACGGCGACAUCAAAGCAGACAAUUGUCUCGUCCGUCUAGAUGAACCAAACGCAGACUCGCCCCCAAGCAAAUCACUUUCCCUUCUCGACCUCGAUGCUGAUACCGAUGAUGAUGACGAAGACGAUGAGUCAAGACCCAAACGCCGAGACACAAUCCACUACUCGCCCAACGGCCUGCACGGCUGGGCAGACAAGGGCCUGUCACUGAUCGACUUCGGCCGCGGGAUAGACAUGCACGCGUUCCAACCAAACGUUCAAUUCAUCGCAGAUUGGGAAGUUGGCACACACGAAUGCAACGAAAUCCGCGAGACCCGACCCUGGACCCAUCAGAUCGAUUUAUAUGGUAUCGCGGGUACAAUCCAUGUGCUACUUUUUGGCAAAUACAUCGAGUCCACUCGCGUUCGCACUAGUAGUGGGACCACCGGCGGGCCAGAACCACCAAUUUACCGAAUCCGCGAGUCGUUGAAGCGGUACUGGGAUCGGGAAUUGUGGUCUGAUGUUUUCGAUUUACUUCUCAAUCCCGCCUCUGAGCGUUGGGUCGCGAUGGAGCGCGAAGACCGGGGGAAUCUUGUUGAGAAUGAGGACGGCGCUGUGUUGCCGGUCUUGGCUUCUAUGCGUUUUGUCAGACGUAAGAUGGAGGAUUGGUUGGUUGCGAAUGCGGAGAAGAAGGGUCUUGCCUUGCAGUUGAGGAAGAUUGAGGCUAUCCUUGCUAAUCAUAAGAAGAAGCUGGAGCGUUCUUGA